AUGCCCAAGGCUAAAAAAACGAAUAAACAUUUAUCACCACGUCCAUCGUUCACUCCGAUUAAUUUAGAAACAUCAUCGGCUACCACAACAUAUACAGUACCAACGAAACGUUUAACAGGCACAUAUCGGCCAUCAUUUUCCCAAGCAAAUCAUUUUCGUCGACGUUUAUUUCCUUAUAAAAAAGACGGUUUAGACCUUGGUAUUGAAGUUUUAACAUCCGAUAUUGAUGAUACUUAUUCAACAACGAGUAAAACAGAACAGCAGCAGCAAGAUGAACCUGCAUCACCAUCAAUUAAUUUAAAUAAUUUACAAAACCCAUUAGCAGCAGUUAAAAAAGAUGAAGAUCGACAAUGGAGGCAAAAAUCUCAUCAACAGAAACACAAAGAUGAUAAUGAAGGAAAAUAUUACCAACUAAAAUCAAAAUCAAAAAAUACAAAAGAUAAUGAGCGACAAAUGCGUCGAAUAUCCUUAGGUAAUGAACGACGUUGGGAUUUGAGCAAUCGAAUUGAACGUUAUAAAAAUAAUAUGGUUCAACAAACAAAUUCAUUGGAUGUCUAUGAUAUAAAAGAGAAUGCUGAGAAACGAAAACAAUAUUUUAAUGAAAUAUGGUAUGAAUUACAAGUAUAUAUUCAUGGAAUAAAUACAUUAGAUAAACAAGGAAUUGAAAAGGAAAAACAACGAAUUGAUUCGGAACGUCAGCAAGGAUUAGAUGAAUUUUUUCAUGCAUUUCUUAAAUAUGAAUUUAAACAUAAUCAUUUAGAUACAAAAUCCUUACCACGAACAACGGUUCGAAAACAUUUGUCCGAUGAACAUUUACAUCAUUGUUCAGAUGUCGAUCAUCAAUUGAAAUUUUUAUUUAUAAAAUGGGAGAAAAUAUUGUAUUUGUUUCCAUCGACAGCUGAAUUAGAACUGUACGAUAAUCGAUUUAAUUCAAAAACACACCAUGGAAAAAUUUUCUAUGAAAAAUUAGCAGUAUUCCAGGCUUGGUAUAAUUUACAUUCAGAAAUAAAUCGUUUAAUAAUCGUUCUUGGACGAAUAAUGUCUUGUAGUCAAUGUAAUUUAUGGCCACAUGUUGAAUGUUCUGCUGCACCAAAAUUACAUGAAAAUUCUACAUUAUUUGCUAGUCGACCACCCACUCCUACCUCUUUCGCUUCUGCUUCAUUGGACAAUCAUUCUUAUCGUGAUGUAUCACCUGAAGAAAAAUCUCCUUCUUCAAGUCAUCCCCCACCAUUUCAUCUACAACCUCAUUCUUCUAAUUUUCACUCUCCAAUUCCUAUUGGUUCUGCAAUUUUGCCACCAACACCUGGUAGUUAUCUGCUGAAUAAUCCGCCAUCAUCUGCAUUCUAUCGUCAACAAUUAUCCACACUUUCAAAUGUGUCUGCUGUCUCUUAUACUUCAACAUCCUCAACAUCUCUUUCAUUUUCGACUCCUCCAUCUGCCAGUAUACUACAUUCUCGUCGACAAAGAAUUUCAUCAUCGCACAGUGUUGAAUUAACUCAGUCAUCAUCAUUAACCGAUUAUUAUUAUCGAUACAUGGCCGAUCAAUUAACGCAUGCUCGAGUUGAACUAAUAGCAUCUAUUUUUCAAACGAAACAUGGAUCAUUGUUACAACGAUUACAUUAUACAUUUCGAAAACAACAGCCAUCGAGUAAAACUACUGAAAAUUCAUCAUCUACAUCGGAUACAACGGCUGCUUUGUCAAUAAUGACACCGUUCGGAGAUACAAUUAAACAAAAUACCUGGCAACAAUUAUUAAUGCCAUCAUUAGCUUUUAGUAUGUCAACAAAUCAGAAUAAUAAAUUAUUUUCAAACGAUUACAUGUUAAAUGCUAAACCAGAAAAAUUGAUGAAUGAAUUUUUUAUACUUAAUAGACAAUUACGACGAAAACAAGAUAAAAAACAGACUACUAAUUUAACCACAGCAAUAAUCAACGUUGAUAAACGAACUCAAAACGUCACUAAUAUUAUGGGACGUUUAGAGCGUACUCCAACAAUUACGACUUCGACAUUUCAACCAGCUUCAGCACCAACAUUAGUUCAAAAAAUGUUAGCAAAUGAUCGUACUGUUAUCAAACGACAAAAUUACUUUCUGGAUUAUCUCAAUUCAUCGUUGUACGCCCAUCUUCCUGGUAGUGCUUUGUUUCCCGAUCCAUGUUCAUUUCUCAAUAAUAUACAAUAUACGUCAAUAUCAUCUCAAUUAUCACGGGAUGAAAUUUCUAUCAUAAUAAAAUUAAUUCAAAUCUGUUAUCGUUUACAUUCUCAUGUUUGGUUAGAUUAUGAUAAAUUUCAUGAUUAUACAGAAAUAUUUCAUUUGCCUACACUAUAUCCACAAUACAUCUUUCUAGCCUUCAUCCCAUUUGAUUUAAUGUUUUCAUGGCAUCAAUAUCAUAAUGAUAGAAAAUUUGAUAUUACAAAUCGGCAACCAACCACAGGAGCAAUUCUAUUAUUGAUCGAUGAGUGUAAAAUAUUGAUACAUAGUAGUGUGCUUAUUAGACAAUAUUUUAUGACAAUGAUACACGAUAUACUCGAAAAGCCUGAAUUAGCACAAUUAGAACAAGAAAUUGUAAAAUUUGAUCAACAUAUCAUUGCCACCAUUCAUGAGUUUGUCAAAUAUGUCGAAAAAUAUGUCGAGAUAACGUUGAAAUCAAAUUUGUUCUCGUCUAUUGUUUGUAUGCUCAAAGAUCAAUGGAAAUACAUUAAAAGAUAUGCCACAGUUCUAAACGAAGAAGAAUAUGUUGGUGAAAAAUUUUUGCUUAUGUGGUCACAAUUUAUUUCAAAAUUUAAAGACUACAUUCAAAUAUUUCAUCCAUCAUCGCCUAUGGAUUUACCUGUGGAUAUGCCUGUGGAAUUCAUCAGAAAGAAAAUUAACAAAAAAUAUAAUAAAAAAUUAACAAUGGCCAUUUUACGUGAGACAAAACAAAUUUAUGAUGAUUGUGCAAUGACAUUAAAUAUUUAUCUACAAAAACCAAUAUGUAAACGUUUUUUAACCAUAUUAAAAACAGCGAGAUUUGAAAGAAUUAAAUAUGAACCAUUUGAUGAAUCCAUCAAACCAAAUGACAAAAAUUCUCACUCAAAAUGUUUAUUAUUUGCUUCGUCUGAAUAUUUUGAAGAUAAUCAAAGUAAAAUUCAAUUAUUUAAAACAUUAUCAUCUUCAUUUCGUUUGGAAUCAACUAUAGAAUCUGCAACUCCUGUUUCAACAACAACAAAACUAUCGGAUGAACAGCAACAAUUGAAUGAAUCAUUACAAUCGAAAAAUCGUUCAUCUGUUUAUAUUCUAUGUGUACCGGUACCCGAUGAAUUAGCCGGCGAAUGGCGUGGUGUUGAACAUACAGUAUCGACAUUUUUUAAUGUAUUUCUAACAUCGAUAAAACCACUCUAUUUAAAUUGGAAGACAACAUCCAUGUUUCUAUUAACUCAACAAACUCAACAAUUGGAUGAAUUUCUUAAAAUGUUCCAUACAAAAUUAGAAAAUCUACAUUUAAGUCAAAAUGAUCUGUUACAAUUAGAUCGAACACAACAACAAAAACGUUCAUGUUUUGAAAAAAUAGAUCAUGCUAUGUACGAAUUAAAUCAUGCCGUAUUGAAUUUGAGCGAAAAUAUAUGCACUGAUAUUGAUCAAUUUGAACUACUGCUUGAAAAUUUGACGAAAGAAAAAUCAGAUGAUGAAAAACGAGACAUUUAUCGAACAUUUUUGCAUACUGAAGAAAGAUUGUUUGCAUUUGCCAUGGAUGUUGUACGAGAAACGUCUUAUUUUGCAUCUCAAUUAGAUCAGAAUAGUGUAAUAUUACAAGCUCAACGACAAAUAAAUCUCGCUUCAAAUUGGUUAAAGUUUGUUUACAAAAAAUCCACAGGACAAGGCAAUACACUUCCGGUAUGGUCGAUGCCUGGCAUCACAUUUUUGAAACACGCCUGUGAUAUAAAUUAUUCAAAACAUAUUGAUGAACAAACAUUUGGGCGAUUUUAUCAAAAUAUGCAAAAUGCUAUCGUUUAUUUACUUGGUGAUCACCAUCACGGUGAUGGCGGCGGUUAUCAUUCAUCACUAUCACACGUGUCAUCAACAUUUCCAACAGCAAAUAUAAUCGAUGGUAAUGACAAACACGAAAAUCCGUUUAAAACUAGUGCUCCACCACGAAAAAACUCAUUACCAAAAGCAAAAAAAACUAGAGCACCAUUAACUAUUGUCGAAAAAUUAGAUAACAUGGAUAGAACAAUUGAUAGAAAACGAUUGAACGAUGGUCUUAUUGGACAAAUAAAACAAGCUGAUAACCGAUCCCGAAUGUCACUUAUUCCAGCUAAAGUACAAGAAGACUUAGCUCGAUUAAAAAUACGUAAUUGGCACAAACUUUCCUUAUUAGCUCGUGGACAAUUUGCUACCUCUUAUAUGUGCAGAACCGAUACAGGUGAGGUAUUGUGCUAUAAACAAUAUCGCAUACAACCCAAUGAUGCUCAAGCAAUCGGUAAAGUUUUGGAACAAUUAAUUCCAUUAGUACAUAUUCAGCAUGAAAAUCUCAUACGUUAUCGAGGCAUCGCAUUGGAUCAAGAUCAUAUUUUAUUUUUCAUGGAAUACUGUAGUUUUGGAACGGUUGCCCAAUUAUUAAUUGGAUCAAAAGUAGAGUCAAGUGCUGCCACGGCAACUGUUCCUACCAAAGACGGUCGCACACGAUCUUCGACAUCAACAGUAACAACCACAAGCGAUUCGGAUUUAAAUAUCGCCAUUACACCUACUCAUCGUCGUCUACCGUAUAAUGAAAAUCCAAAUAAUGUAAAAUUAACAUGCUCAAUUGCCGAAGACGAUAUAAACUCAAAAUUGAUUGAUGACGGGAUCUAUUCAACACAAAACGGUUAUGCAUUUUUAGAUGAAAAAUUAGUUCAAAUCUAUGUUAAACAACUUCUUUCAGCUCUUUCAUGUUUACAUGAUCAAGGUAUUAUUCAUCGUGAUAUUCGAUGUGUCAACAUAUUCUUAACAGAUACCACCAAACGGCACAUAAAAUUAGGUGAUUUGAAUUUUGUCUAUGACUUUAAAUUCAUGAAACGAAAUCAACACCAACAAAUGUCCGAUGUCGAAGAAGUUAUCUCUAUGCGAGAAUCAAUUGCUUUUAUGUCACCGGAAACCAUCACACAAAAUGAAACAACUACAAAAUCAGAUAUAUGGAGUCUUGGUUGUACUCUUAUUCAUAUGUUAACAGGAAGAAUUCCAUGGUCGAAUUAUACGGUUGCUAGUAACGUCUAUUAUUUAAAUGUCAAAUAUCGAAUAGCUUAUGGAGAUAAACCUCAAAUCCCAGGUCAUUUAUCUGAAAACUGUGUCGAUUUUCUUGAAAAAUGUUUUAUUCAUGAUCCAAAUAAACGACCAUCGUGCAGUGAACUAGAAAAACAUCCAUUUGUGACUGAAGCAAAAGAAUAA